CUCCGAUGAAGUUAGGCGAUCGUCCGUGCCACUCCGUAGCAGGACUGACGCAUGCGAUUCGCUUGCUUUGGAUUGAAAACGUGCGCGAACGUGUGCCGCCCCGUUCAUCGACUUGACUGACCGACAGGGGACGUCGGCUGUGCUCCUUCCGCUGUGUUGUCCACCGGCGUGUUCGAUAUCGGCCAGUGUGUGCUGCUUUGGCAGCGGCGACAUUGAUACGUGUGCCUUGAUCUCAGCGCGUCCAGGGGGGUGACUUGUUGUUCCGUAACCAGCGCUGCAUUGGUUGUCGCUGGUCAUUCUUCUUGAUCCGCAACCCACCAGCAGCCAAAAUUCGUGUCAAAAACCGCAUCCCGCUUCCAGCCUUCCGGAUGGAACACGAAUCGGACGACAUGGACGGAAGCGUGUCCAACCCCGAGGAGGAGGAACUGAACGAGUCCGAGUACGGCGGCUCCGGUGACGACGACGAGGAGCGCCGGACGCCGCUCGACGGGGAGCUCAGCAACGACGACGAGCCGUCCGACGUGCUGGCUCGGUUCCAGUCGCACAACAACAGCGGCAGCAACAACGGCGGCAACAAUGGCAGCGUCCGCAGCCGACAGGACGACGGGAGUCCCGUCCCGCUGGCCAACAACACCGGCAGCAGUAACCACUCGAGCAGCACGCCUCCGGCCACGAGCAAUGGAACGCCGCACGGUGGCCUGUCCAGCGAGCCACGCAUCCCGGCUCCCAACGCCGUGGUCUCUUCGUCGCCGGGUCCCAUGCGGGUGCUGGACUCCGGCCCGCUCAGCGCGUUGGCUGCGCGGGCUGCGGCGGCGAGCGCGGCCGCGGCGCUGCCGCUGUCGGCGGCCGCGGCCAUCCCCGGAAUCCCGCUGUCCCAGGCCCCGGCGCUGUUCGGCUUGGCUACCGGUGCCCCGCACAUGAUGCACCUUCCGCCGACGCUGACGCCUCACACGGCAGCCGUCUCGGGAGCGUCGCAGGAAUCCAAGUACGCCUUCGAGGAGCACUACGGAAAGCAUGGAAAAAACACCGAGUUCAGUCGAGACUUUAAAGUGAGCCCCACUCCUAAGUCGUCUCGGUCGAGCCGCGGCGGCGACUCCAAUGGUCGAGUGAGCAGCAUGGACGACAUCAGCAAACUGUACGAGCUCAGCAACGAGCCCAAAAGAAAAGAGUUCCUGGACGACCUCUUCAGCUUUAUGCAGAAACGAGGAACGCCCGUUAACCGGAUCCCGAUCAUGGCGAAGCAGGUUCUCGACCUUUUCGAGCUGUACCGACUGGUCGUGUCACGAGGCGGCCUCGUUGAGGUCAUUAACAAGAAGAUCUGGCGCGAGAUCACCAAGGGGCUCAACCUGCCCUCUUCCAUCACUUCAGCCGCCUUCACCCUGCGAACACAAUACAUGAAAUACUUGUACCCGUACGAGUGCGAGAAAGAGAAGCUGAGCCAGCCGGACGAGCUGCAGGCGGCCAUCGAUGGCAACCGGCGCGAAGGACGACGCUCCAGCUACAGCCACUACGCCGAGAUGAUGUCCACGGCGGCCACGGCGGCGUCCCUGUCGGCAUCCCGCGGCAGCAACCACCACACAUCGCCCAUCAGCCUCGUCUGCCGGCAGGCAAACGGACACGCGCCGUCCUCUGCGCACCACCCCGCGGGAGGGCCUUCAUCAGGGGAUGAAGAGAACAGCCUGUCACUGUAUGUGCCACAGCAAGAGGCCUUGAAUCUGGAGGUUCCACGUGGUGGGAGCGCAGACCACAAAGUUAUAGACCCACGAAGGCUUCUUAGUGAAUCGCUGGGUCCACCGCCUCCUAAGCGAUUUAUUCCUUCAGACGAGGACCACCUUCUCGCCCAGUCUAUGCAUACAACACACAUCAAGAUGAACAGUAGAGGUGAUGGUCGAGGCCAGGCGGACAACUCCAUGACUGUGACCAUGGAAGUCAACGGCAUCAUCUACCACGGAGUCCUAUACCCCCAGACACACAGAAACAGGCUCUCCUAGGUUGCACACUUGCUUGCAUCAAUGCUGGACUCUUCCGGAGGCAGCCUGUCGAACAAAACAUUUACAAAUGAAAUGUGAGUGCACCAAGGACGGGCGACGGAGAACUCCUGCCUGUCCUGACGAUGGCAAUGCUGAUCUCCACUGCAAGCCACCAUGUUGUUGUGUGCUGUUAUCUCUUCCGCCUCAGUUCUGCCCUGUGCACACUGACAGCCCACUUGUUGGAAUGUUUUGCAUUGAUUGUAUGUGUGUGUGUGUGUGUUUGAAUGUAUAUGGUUGUCAAAGUGCACUCGCUCAUGAUAGCAGUGCACUCCUUAGGUCUUUUUCUCUUUGUUCCAACUCAAUGUACUCUAAAUAUUCACUCUUGUUCAUAGUCUGAUACAGUUCUAUAAGUCAGCGCCACUUCCACCUCAAAGGCAGAUGCACACAAGCCCGCAACAAUCAGCGCACGGCUUGAAUUCAUGUCAUAAGACAAUCUGUGACCCUGCGGUCAGAGAGCAUGGCUGAAUACAUAAGAGGGACUGACUGUUUAGUCGCAAGGGCAAUCAGCUGGCACACUUUGGUCACCUAAGCUGGGCAGAGCCUCUCUUGCCUUCUUAAGUUGUUUCCAGCUAAAACUUUCUUCAUGUGAAACUUUUUUUGUUCAUCAUACUUUCUGUUUAGCUAAUGUGCACUUUACACAACUUCUGAUUGGUAUCUAGUGCAUUUUCUCUGCUGUGUCACGGCGUCAUCUCUUCCACUGUUGAAGAAAUUCAUACUUUGUUGCUGCCGGCUUGCUCCUUCAUUAUUCUUCAUGCAUUUGUACUGUGAGCUGCAUUUAAAAAAAAUCUAACCACUUUUUAAGGAACCACAGCACUUAUCAUUGCUUCAUUGUCAAUCAAUUUUUAAAAUAUAUAAAUAAAAGAAAAUUUGAUUGGUCUUCAUGAUUUGAUUACAAGACACUUUUAAUUGUUUUAGCCUAUCUUAUCUCCUAAUUUAGUUAAUGACCCAUGUCAAUGAGCAUCAAUAAUUCUGAAGGCACCUAUAUAAUAGAAGGCUGGAAUGAACAUUUCGAUUUUUGCUUAAUUAAUCAAGCACACAUACUUGACUGUUACUUUGUUUAUUUAUUUGAAUCAAGAAGUAGUUUUAUGACAAUUUCAAAUGCGAGAUGAAAGCACAGGUCUUAAUGUGUUUCUUCAAUAAAAACAACUUCUCUCAACUUUCUGGUGUAGGCCUGUUGGAGGUUCCAAAAAUUAGUGAAACCACAAGAUUCCUCUUCAUGACUCCAAUGAGCCUUCUUUUAUUCUGCAGUGUUCUGUGUCACUUAUUAAGCUUUUGAGGAAUGCCAUUGCUGCCCUGACAAAGACCAGUCCUCUUGGGGUAGCAUUUGCUCCUGCGACAUUUGCUCUUGCGAAAAACAUCAAGUGACAAAAUGAAAAGGCAUGUCGUUUUAAUGUACAGCAAGCUUCUCGAAUUCUCGAUGGUUGUUUGUGCUUUUAUCUAGUUGCCCCUUUCCAUGGAGGGGCAACUAGAGGAAAUUAGCUAGAGUUGAACCCCUUUAAAGAGACAUUGAUGUAACAGAUGAUUGGGUAUAAAGAACACCAGUGUCCUUGCAACAAAAUCGGGUUUGAUUCGAAACUGCAUGUACAUGGUACCCUGCUUAUAAGAAAAACCUCAUAUACGUAAACGAGAAAUGCUCGCUGGUGCACGUCUAAUACAAAAGGGUUCAGCAGCAUAUUGUAUCAAAAGUGUAUUUCCAAAAGUGCAAUAUAUAGAUGGCAAUAGAUGUUUUUCAUGCGUGCUCAGACUUUCUGAGAAUAGGACCCAGUUCACAUGCUGCAUUACACAAGUAGUUCUUCAAGCUGUUAGCCUUCUUCUCGGCAUUAUGCAACUAUGUAUUGCAGUGAAGCUUACUAAAGCUUUGUCAUCGUUAUGGAGUGCAAGUAUUUGCCAAACAGUGUUGUUUUGUCACCAAGAACAAAACUACUAAAUGAUGUACUUAUUUUUUACCAUGCUUCCUCGACUGGUUGCAUUUCAGCAGUACUAAUGCGCCGUAUUGGCUGUUCUAUGUCUGAAUUUUGAAUUUCAGAUCGGGACGAAUUCGAGCUUUCCUUCUUUUAUGACAGCUUUGUUUUCAAGAAAAUACAUAGUAUGGAUUUUUAUAUUGCUUCGUGCAAAAAAAUGGACAAAUUGUUUCUUGAUUGUUUCUUUACCUUGAAGGAUUUCUCAGAAGUGAUUUUACCGUACUUCAAAGUUUUAUGCAAUGGCUUGUGCACAUUACAUCAUCAUUUCUUUCAAUAUUUGUGGCUGAAAACGUACGUUUGCCUGGUGUUCUUACGUCUGACUGCAUGCACUACAUCUUACACUUUAACUUCCAACUUCAUGUGGUAGACUUCAGUUAGUUUGACCCUAAAUGAAUGGAUGAAAUACAGUGGACUUGGGAUAAUUUUAACUUGGUCGACACUCCUUGUUGUUAAUCUUGGUUAUCAUGCUUGCAGUGAUAAAUACAUCAGGCUGACUUGUUAUGUUUUCAAUAGAUUUAAAAGCUGCUCAAAGCAAACUUCAUUAUUUGAUUAAACUUGUUGAUUAAUCAGAUGAAUACUUUUUGCUUGUCUAUACCUGAAUUAUUAACACUCUUUUUUACUUCCAGCUAAACAUUUGCACUCAAAAAUUAUUAAUGCAGCUGGAAAUAAAGUAUUCCUUGCUUGCUUUUGCCAAAGCAUUCAAAACAUCGAGCAAAAAGAUAAAAAAAAAAAGAGGGAGUAAAAACAUUGCGAUGGCAGUUUGGCACUUGAAGAUUGGACAUAUCUGCUUUUCCCGAUAUGUUUUACGUCUUUGUGCUAACUUCUUAUAAUUUCAUCGCACAGCCUACUUUUUUGCCUUCCUUGACUACACAUCUGAGUCCUUGGCAAGCAUAGUGUAGCUCUAGUAGACUGCCGGUACUAAUCCGUUUACAUUGGGGCAUACCAACCUCAACAGACUAGCAUAUGGCAUUGUGCUGCUUAGCACGAGGUCGUGAAAUAAAAUUACAUCUACAUUUCAAUGUGGAUCAAGUGAAACAAUGUGUCUUUACCAGGUGUAUGAUGCAAUCAAAAAAGGCCAUUUGACCACAAUUCCCGUGUUGUGUCCCUCUAUGGCAUGUUUAAUAAUUAUAUUGUGAAUUCAGCACGUAAGAUCUCGUAAUUUAAUUUAUGAUCGUUAAAAACAGCAUCACAUAAAGAAAAGCAACUGGACGAAGAAGACAAUGCAGGAUGAAUGCUGACUUUACACAAUAGCAUUCAAGCAUGAUGUACAAAGCUAUUCAAAGCAUGUCCCCUCUGUUGUGCAUUGAAGUUCAGCCAGACGAGCUAUUUAUAUCUACUACCCGGAGAAGAUACCAGAUUGAGUAUAUUGUUGCCUAUAUCUUCCUUUGCUCGUGCAAUGUUGGCGUACUUGUUCAUUUACUAUUGCUUUGAAUAACCUUCCCUUCUGGGCUGUUAAAGCGUUCCUUGUCAUCUUGUUUCUUGUUUCCUGUAGAUUUAUGUUUCUUCAUUUGCCUUGCAAUCUUCUUGUGGCCAGCGGAAAGGUCAACAUAUUCGAUUUUGUUUUCCUAUUCCCACUUUAUUUGCCAAAUGUGCUUUAUUGGUUCUCCUUCAGUAUGAGCGUUUUUGGGAGUUGCAGCAGUGAAGUCCAGUCAUCUUAUGAAAAUUUCUGUAGCUUUGUAUAAGCCCUCUGAAGUGAAAGCUUUUUGGCCAAUUUAGGUUAUAGUGUUAAGAAUUUUAUGGUUGGGAAUGUUGAGCAUAAUAAUGGACCUUCUUCACUGUGGAAAACCCCCUCUAGUGGUAGGCACCAACAACACAGCAGGCUGGGGUCAUGGCGGUACAGCUUUAUGGGUACGGCCACAGGUAUUUUUUCGUGAUGAGCAUGUGGCUAGUUUUGUGAGCUUUUGCACUUCCCCUGUGUGCAUAUUACGGGCUCCUGUUAGUUUUAAGCGCGCACUGAAUUGCAAUGUUUCGUCCUGUUUACAACACAGCCAGUGGAUGAACUUGUGCAUCGAUCUAGACCCGCCCACCACAGGAUUCCACUUUGUUUUGUCAAACAACACCAUCACGCUCAUUGUAUAGAAAUGGAGAUGCAAGGGAAGGCAGGGAGAUUAACCAGAUGCUUGUCCAGUUUGCUUCCCUGCACUGGGGAAAGGGAAAAGGGAGGGGGUAGAAGAAGAAAGGAGAGUGAUACCCAGAAUCACAAGCACAUUUGGAGGAGCAAGUGCAGUCUACAGGCCGUCGCUCAGAUUUGUUGAUUUCAGGUACUUCAGUAGCGCAUUUUGUGCUUUUGCACUAUCGAAGUGCAUGUCCAAGGUCCUAGAAUCUUCUGCACAGAAAAUAGAGUUUUAGUGGAAAUUUACCUAUGUGCAACGUUUACAUAUGUUGUGCUGAGCUUACUUUCAACAAGCAGGGAUGCAUACCACAUCAACAUACAAUAGACAGCUGGAAGUUCUCACAGAUUGCAUACUACCCCUCUGACACUCGCUGAAAUCGAGAGAAUACUUACAGUAGCCAAAAACAGCAUCUGGUCUUGGCAGAAUACAUUGCACAUGUGGCAUUCACUUUGGAAAAUGAAAAAAAAAAACAGACAAUCUGGAUGGUUGGCAUUCCCCCAGAGUGGUCCUAAAACAGUCUACCGAACGUCUUUCUCCUUUUCUCACUUUUGGUUUCCAUGCCCAUUCGCAUUGUUUCUGUGGUAGAUUGCAAAAGCUCGUGUCAAUAUAUCACUGACAAAAGCUUCCGAAAGGGACACUCAAAUAUCACCGGCAAAACCUUCGCCGAAUACAGUAGGCCACUAGCACAUGGCUUGCCAGAUGCCUUGCCAAAGCUUCAAGUGCUCUCCAGCAGAAAGAACCAUGAGUUGCCGGGUUUCUGGGAGUGCUACGAGGCAGCCGUUCAUAUGCGUCUCAGGCUUGCAGACAUCAAAACUUUUAAGGGCUUGAAGCCUCACUAUGAAGCAGGCCAUCGAAAGAACACGCCUGACUGAAAACUACAACGUCGUCAUCAAGGUGCCCACCCAAGGGUAUAGCCGAAAUGAUUUCAGCGAUUACAGCCAGAUAUCGAAAGGUAUUUUGAGAUCCCCUUUCCAAAUGGCCAGCAAUCAGGCAUGGCAACUAUUGGCUGUAUCUAGUGGAAGCAAGCAAACAUACUGCGGCCCUGAAAAAAUAUUGAAUCUACUGUGGGAAAACGUUGUCGUACUAUGCACAAGUUGAGCAAGGAAGUGGGUGCUAGUCGGGGCUGCUCGUUAUCAUGCAAUCAAAGAAAAAGUGGUGUUCUACCAGGGCAAUGUGGGUGUCGGUUUCUUCUUUACUUCUACAGCAAAGUUGGCCUAAAACCAGCAUUCAAGUGCUUUUUCAAACACAUGCUUGGUCUCACAGUGCAGAGACUGGUGCUGCCAGUGUAGCUGACCAUGAAAUUCAAAUUACUGCUGUACGCUUCCCAUUAUUCAUAGCAUUCUAACUAGCCUCACACAUGCUGUAGGUGCACCUGAAAAAGGUCCAUUAUCUUUAUACGCUGAUGAGUCUAUAUGUAGAACACUCUCUACUAUAAGCACGAUAAUAAGGCUUGAUCUUUCAUGUUUUCUUUUUUUUUUCCCGGCUUUUCUGCAAGAAAAGUUAACCAUCAGUCAGUUUCUGUGCUUUUUUAUGGUGUGGAGCCUUCUAUGUAAAGGGUGUGGCAUUAUGGCCAAUGUCUAUUGCCAAUGUUCAUUUCACUUUUUCGACAUCGCACGUAGUCACAUCUUCUGCCGGCACAUGUUGUAUGCCUCCAAAGAUACAAGCGUUUGCAAUAAUGUGGAAUGAAAGGGGUGUUAAGACGUCUAAGGAUGCGCAUUGUCCGAACAAGCAAGAUCACAGAAGAGAUGCUAACUGGCGUAACUACAUGCACAUAUGAAGUAGUUGUUUGACGAACUUAUUUAAAGUCUUAAGUGAAGCAGCCAGGAAUAUUAAAGAAGGUUUUUAAAAGCUGUACGACUGAGAUGGAAUUUUCGUGCUGUUCCGUUCAUCUAUGUUCCGUUUGUGGAAGCUGCUAUUUAUCCCAGAUAAAUAGCGACUCACUUGGCUUUUGAUCAUGUACAUGGUGCUUGACAUAAGGGCUUAAUGAGCAGAACCGUGAUGCUUGUUAAUGAAUUCCUUACAUUUUAGUGUUAAAUGUUGGUUAUUACAUGGUGCCCUCUGUGUGUAUGGUAUGGGCAGUGCAAUCAAAGGUACCAUGUAGAAGUUUGUAGCAAAAACAAGGUUGCAAUAUUAUUCAAUCCUGUGACUAAUGCCCUCUGCAGAUGUCACUUGGGGUAGCUUAUGUUUGCAAUUGAAAUUCGACUCCCAUAACUGUGAAGGCACAAAAUUUUAUGCCUAAAAUGUACAGCUUGCACCUUGUAAAUCCUCUUUGCACAGCUUUGUAGCUAUUAUGUGCCUCAUUUAAUUCAGUCAUUUCGACAUAAUAAAAAAGUACUAAAAAACAUGGGCAAUUAUGGGAAUAGAACUAGUGUUAUUUCAUAACUAUUGAAUCAGGAUUGCCGUGCAUCGCUCGAAUGAACUGAGACAAAAAGAUCGCCGGAGCGCUCAAACCGCAUCAAUAUAGGAAUCUCAGGGAUCUCUUCUGGUCUCGAAGAGCACGUUUACGUGUGCACACCAUCUUUGUGUGAAAGUGUCUGAAUGUUCUUCAUCUGUGUUGUUCACUCGUUUUGUGAAACAUGUCAUGCUAGGAGGUGUGAUUUAUGCAACAUGUUAUGGCAUCGCCCUUCUGAUGGGCAACCCUUCUUUUGCUUUUGACACACCGUGAUAGCGUCAUUCAAAGCCAGCUUUUAUUUGUAGUCAGUUUUUUUUUUCUCUUUUUUUGCUUGUUUCUGUAAAGCUCGUUCACCCGAAUUAUAUAGCUUUGAGUCUUAUUGUGUGGUUUUUUGUCAAAAGUGGGUGUUCUUUGCACCAGGAAGCAUAGCUACUAAACCUGAGAUGGAUAGGACAAGUGGUGGCACUCCUCUGACAGGCAGUACUCUAAUGAGGCAUACUCCUUCCACUCUAAAAGCCAUGGAACUCACAUUUCAAUGGUCAUUGCAUUUGCGCUAGAUUUCGGCCUAAUCAGCACACUUUUGUGAACAUUAUUUUCAUACGUGUGGGACACCACACAUUUUCUUUUCCCUUUCUUGCCUCUAACAUAAGUGGUAGUUCUGUCUCCUGCCCCUCAUUGCACUGCUACAGCUACAUUAGAUUUUGCUGCACUUUUUUACAAGCUUUGAAGCCUGGCUUCCUCUGUUUGUUUUUCCUCAUUUAUGUUGUGAAAGUGUGGAGAGAGAUGGCAGGUGUCAUCUAUGAUAAUAAUAUUGUUUCUAUUUAAAUGCGAGUUGUUUUUAUAUAUUAUGGAGAAAAAAAAAACUAAGUGUAACUUUAUGUUGUUGCCCCCAGAGUGUACAUUGUGCGGUCACAACAACACCUGCUGGCCGGAAGUGGCGUGUGCACCAUAGAACCAAUCCGUCCAUUCAGGAGGAAAGGCCCGACUAAUGGGGCGGAAGUGUGUUGGCUGAUGUCUUUCUAGCAGUCGCAGUUUUUUUUAUGCGACCUGUGUAAAUAGUACUAUAUUAUCGCUUGAGAGGGCCUCAUUUGCCAUGUGUGUUCGUGCGUUCUUUUUUCCUUGCCUAUGUUAUGACAGAGCUGUUCUCUCAGGCUAUGUUACAUACUUUGAAUUUUUUAUUUCAUUAAUCUUUAGCUGUAUUUGCUGGAGAAACAAAGAGUGAAAAAAAAAAAAGUUGUGCUGUUGUGUACUGAAAUGUCAUGGCGGCAACAAUGUUCCAACCCACCGUUUAUUUAUAGUGCAGUGUUUUUGGGAAGUUAGUUUCAGCAGUGCUCUUCCUGUUUGCUUGCAUUGAAUUUUUGACCUUUAUGCGAUAUGAUGUGUAUGUGGUGCCUCAUUCUGGCAGACAUGUACGUGUGCUUUUUGAUUAGGAGAUGCAUGACGAAACUGUUAACAAUCCCAAGUUUUCUUGUUUCUCAGGAUCAAGCCUUGUACAUGUGCACUCUAACUUAGUAAUGAGAGCUUCUACAUACUGGUCUGAUCAAAUGGUCUCUAUUCCUCUUUUUUUGUUUUCUGUUCUGUUAGAAGUGCAGUUCUGCCUGGUCCAGUACAGUGCUGUGAAUGUUGGUGCUGGGCAAGCCAUGUAAAAUACAAUGCAGGCCUUCUUUUAUGGACAAAACUUUGUCCCUGUUUGAUACAGCAUUUGUGUACCUUUCUGUGUUCCUCUGGGAAAAAAUAAAUUUAUUUUAUUUUGUUUUAUCAUACUGCAGUGUUGAAGGGCUAUUACAGGAGAGAAGGUAGUAAAUAAGAAAAUUGCAAAGUAGCGAAAAAUGCAUUGAACAUGACAUUCAAUGAUUAAUGGAUUACAAAACGAAUUCAGCAAGUGAUAUCUGAUGAGGCUGUGGAAAGUAUUCUAUAGUUCAACAGUGUGGACAAAAAAAGCUGUUGUAUGCACAAGUUCAGUGAUGAAAAGGAGACAUAUGAUGCUCAUUAUGAUUGCAGGUGAAUGUUGUUUUAGCUGGUGUUAUGUAGUUGCUUAGUAGGGAAAAUUGUGGAUAGUCAACCAGAGUAUUGUAAAUAAACUUCAGAGAUUCAAUGUGACGGUAAAAACAGAGACUAGUAAGUUGUGAAAACAAGAAAAUAGGUGAAAAAUACCUGUCACGGUGAUGAUAUACGAAUGGUAUAGCUUUUUCUGGGCAGAUUUGAUUUUUUUAUCAGAUAUUUUGGGAGGGUUCUAAGCGACAGAGUUUUACUCAAGUAUUGGACGAGCCAUAGUUUUAUAAGUGAGGAGUCUUGUGUUGCUUGAGGCCAAAGUUAGUGUAGGCUGCAGGUAUCAUAGCCUUCUAAGCUCAUGGUUGUACAUGAUCCCAAUGCGAUAUCACCAAGAUAGAUCCUUAGUAAAUACGAGAUUUGGAUACUGAGAUACAUUUUCUGGGGAUGAACCAUUAAAUGAAUAAGUAAAAGAAUAAGGGAGAGAAUGCUUAGUAAAUUAUGUGGAAGCAGUGUGUAUCCUUACCAACUCACUCAUAUUUCAAUUUUGCCUAAUGCUAUCUGAGAUUGUUUAGUCAAAAACUAAAAAUAUGAAAACUACAGGGUAAAUUUAAAUAAAUACAAUUUUAAUGAGUAUGACAUCUGUCGCCGCUACCUACUACAAAAAGAGUAGUAGUUUAGAACAUGUCUAGUCCAGUCUGUUACGCAUAUUAAGGCUACAAGUGGAGAUUAUUACAAUAGAAAAAGCACUAUCUCAUAAUCGAGAGAGCAUACUAAUCGAUGUGCUAACACAAAACCAUUGUAAUGACAAAAAUUUUUGAUUAAUAAGGCAACUAAUUUGGACACAAUAGCCUGCAUGAAGCCCACAGUAAUGGCCUAAUUGUUAUGGUGCUUAGCUGCUGAAGACGAGGAGAGGGGUUUGAUUCCCGGCCGCCAUGCCCUGUUAUUGAUGGGGACAAAAUGCAGAUCCCAUGUUUUUAGAUAUGUUAUCACAUCAUAAUAUUUGCAUGGAACAUCUCGUAUAUGUUUUUACCCACAUAGCAACCAAUAAAUAGUACUUUGUAAAGACAGAAACAAUCUUGUUUCUAUGCAUUUACAUAGCAUUUGCACUUACCUUAAAAUUUUUGUUCAUUAUUUUAUUAUCAGUAUUGACAGCAUUGCAACUGCAAGCACUUGUGGACAGAUAGCUCUCAAGCAUAUCUGCUUAAUUCUUAUUGUUGUAAAACAAAAUACAAAAUAAAAUUUUCAAACCAGCACUGCUUUGAAGGCUGGCAGCACCAACAUUGCAGCUUCUGUUUUCACAUUAAUCCUUCUCAUUUUUUUUUUCAUUUUAUUCAUGCCUUUGGACCACCUUUCAGCAAACUGUGCAAAGUGUCCGAUUUUAGCACGAAUUAUUUGAUGGAAUGAGUGCUCCUCAAAUAUGUUUUCUCAUGAUACCACCGUCUGCUAUCAUAAUGUUAUUAGCUUGUACAAAUAAAGAUGAAAAACAAUUUUUGACGAGAAAA